CAUCCGGAAUAGGCUACUCGUUUAUCUGUGUUUAUUUAAUUUCAGGUAAGGUUUUACUGUUUUUCACACACAAACGCAAAAUAAAUGCUGUAACGUUAGUUAAGAACGAUAAUUUAGAUCAGUGGUCACUAACCUUGUUCCUGGAGAUCGACCGUCCUGCAGACUGCAGCUUCAACCCUGCUUCAGCACACCUGUCUGUAAUUAUCAAGCAAACCUGAACACCUUAAUUAGAUAAUUCAGGUGUGUUUGAUUGUGGUUGACCCAUAGGCUACCCGAAAUGUGACCUCUGCAUUUAACCCAUCCAGAGAGUAGUGAACACACGCACACCCGGGGCAGUGGGCAGCUAUCACUGCAGCGCCCGGGGAGCAAGUAGGGGGUGCCUUGCUCAAGGACGAAUUUCAACUUACAUUUAUUUACAUUUAUUCAUUUGGCAGACGCUUUUAUCCAAAGCGACUUACAAGUAGGAGAGCAUAUAAACAUUUUGUCAACAUCCAGCGGGAAAGUGACAUGCCUAAACCCGUUUAACAUUUUAAAUAAGCGUAUACGAUCCUCGGCGUCUUAACCAUGAGCCGUUCAAAAUGUACAGGUGUGGUUCAGAUCAUUCGGUUAAGAUUAGAUUAUGAACCAUUUAUUGAACGAAAACAAGAUGUCACUUUCAUUUGAAUAUUUUAGCUAUUAAGUUAUGUGUUUGUUUUGAAUUAGCAGUGAGAACACAUGCUGUAAUUUGAACUGUGGGUAAAGAAAGCGCUUAUAUCGUUCAUUCAAGCAUGACAGUUUUUCUCAGUGAAUGUUUAGCAUCAGUCAGCUGCGGGUGGAGCGCGCACGCAGCUUCCUCGCCGUCCAAUCAGUGCUAAGCUGCUUUCUUAUAGCCUCUGUGUGCGUUUCACUUUCACACACACACUGCAAAGCGACCGAUGAGCAGAAGGAUGCAUCAACAAGUAUGAUGUUACGAGGAUGUGAAGUACGUGGAGUCUCCAAAUGUCUUCUGGUUUCAGCUUCUAUUAAAAACCUGGCUCUAAAACAUCUCCCUACAAACGUUUAAUCGCCUAAACAGGUCUUGGAGUUGUUUGGAUUCUCCCCAGAACACUCGAUGAACAGCCACAUGUACUGAAUUGUGUUCUUCGGCUUUUGCUUUGGAUUCAUAAAAAUGCCUCCAAAUUCCUGCAAAUUUUCUCUUUACUCUAACAUUUGAGCCUGUGCAUUUGUGGGAAAAACCCACUGUGGAAAUGACAGGAAGGAACGUUGUUUAUUUAAUCAUUUUUCCGUAUGACAUGGAUUGAUAAUGACUGCCCUUGAACUGUAGAGCUUUUAAAAGAAAUAUAUCUGGACAUGACUUUCCCUGGGGGGGCUCAUGUGUCGAGGAACGUCUUCAUCCAUCAUGGCCAUCCAUUUUUCCUGACAAUACUUUUAUCCUUUACUUUUUUGAGUGUGAUGGGUUCUGCCUGUCCCAAGAGCUGCCACUGUACUGAGAGGAAUGGCUUGACCGUGGUGCAGUGUUCCUCUCGUAACUUAGAGGAGAUACCUCCUGACCUUCCGCACGACACCGUGUCUCUCCUCCUGUCCUAUAAUCACAUCACCAAAAUCCCAAAUCAGGCUUUCAAAAACCUACCAUGGCUCCAAGAGCUGGACUUGUCCCGGAACGCCAUUGAAACCGUGGACGCAGGGGCUUUUCAGGGCGUCUCGGAGAGCUUGCGAGCCCUCGACCUGUCCCAUAAUCAUAUGAGGAGCGUACCCAAGGAGGCCUUCGCUCGACUUCAUGCCAAGAUCAGCCUGUCCGACAACCCGUGGCACUGCGAAUGCCAGUUGCAGGAGGUGUUGCGGGAACUCAAGUUGGAUCCGGAGACGGUGAACGAGGUGAGCUGCCACACGUCUGCUCAGGAAGAGCACGCGGGGAAGCCCGUCAUCCAAGUGCUGGAUUCGGGCAUUAACUUUUGUAACUUCCAUCACAAGACUACUGACGUGGCCAUGUUCGUCACCAUGUUUGGUUGGUUUGCGAUGGUCAUCGCAUAUGUCAUCUAUUACGUACGACACAACCAGGAAGAUGCCAGGAGGCAUCUGGAGUACCUCAAGUCUUUGCCAAGUAGCUCCCAAAUUAGUAAAGACUUUGACACAAUCAGCACUGUUCUCUAGCAUCAAUCAAUGCAGUGUGGGAGGGAAUGUGUUUGGCACAAAAACGAUGGCAUAAAAGCCAACCUUAUUUCCAUUUGCUUUUCAAGGACCAUAAUUGUCCAUUUCUUGCCUGUUUGGUUCGAUUGGUUUCAUGGGUUUAGCACAAUGAAUAUUUUGACAAUUCUGCCAUCAUGCUGUUCAACGUUCCCAUUCAUAUACUCGCAGUCGACCUACAUACGUGCUGAAUCUCGGUGGUGACCGCUUUGUGCCUCACGACAGGUUCUGCAGACGCUCCAAUUUCUCUGCAGGUGCUUAAAUCUCAUUACGUCCUGAACUGAUUUCUGAAAUGACAUUGUCUGUCUGUAUGAUAAUUCAGACUUCUAAAUGCUGGAUUAAUGGGCCUUUUCUUCUUAUGUUGUAGUGUAAACGGGUGUGUCAGUUGUCGGGAUACACAAAUACUGCCAGAACUCUCAGUCUGACUUGUUACCUGGAUACUUGCCCCAUUUUUGGCAGACGUCUAUAUGCUCAAGUGCCUACAUUCUGGUACCUCAACACCAAUACACUGUGCGUUGGGCAUUUUUUGGCUUGCUUUCUCUGGAAUCAAAGAAAUAAUAUUUUAAUAUCAAACGUGGGACAAUCUCUGUUGCCGUAUGGGUUAAAGGGAUAGUUCACCUAAAAUGGAAAAUUCUGUCAUCAUUUACUCACCCUUAGAGAACCCUUGAGAAACCAAACAAAUCUCAUCCUCCAUUUACUGCCAUAGUAUGUCAAAUAAAUACUAUGGGAGUCAAUGGUGGAUGAGAUCCGUUUGGUUACUGACAUUCUUCCAAAUAUCUUCCUUUGUGUUUAGCAGUGUUUUGGUCAGUGGCAUUGUUGCGUUUCACUAGAGGAUAUCAUCAGAUGAUAUGCAAAACUGGAAUUUAGUUAAAAGGGCUUGAAUAGUCGACCCGUGUAUUUCUGUCCACAUGUAUCAGUUUGUUUUUCAAUGUGACCAGCCUUUCUGUAGCAGUAGUGUGUAUAUCAUAGCAACACAAAAGAAUAAAAUGGUAUUGGAAGAACUGUCUUGUUUGUAAACUUUUGUGCCAUUACAUUCUCAAUGCUCAUGGUGAUGAAAGGUUUGUAUAAAGGUCUUCACGAAUCAUAACUGGGCACCAUAUGUGUUUACGUGUGAUAGAUGACUGAAUUCUAGGUUUUAGCAGUUUCAUUAGUAACGUCAUUUACUCUGUGUUUUUGAAAAAACAUUCUUCUCAAAGGCAACGAGAAUCAUUUAAGUGUCCGUGUGCACUAGGUACAAAACAAUGCCUGCAGCUAUGUCUGUUGUACCUUCACGGUUUCUAUGAGGAAUAAUCCCGCU